AUGGAUGGCAUCACACCCUUUGCGUUGCCCAGGCGACUCAGGAGGGACCCGGAUGCGUCCGACAUUCAUGUUUUCCAUCCAGAAGUACCUUUGCCGUCUUCUGAUGAGGAGGAUUCGGACGUGGACGCGUCAGUGGGAUGUUCGGAGCUGGAGAUUUCCAAGCACACGCUAUGCCACAUCGUGACCCAUCCCGGCGGAGGGCCUGGGCCCGACCAGGGACCCCGCGAGAAGACGUGCGCUGUUUGUUUAGAGGACUUCCGAGAUGGCGACUUGGUGCGAGUCUUGCGCUGCUUUCACACUUUUCACAGAGACUGUGUGGAUACAUGGCUGGCUCGGAACCACCUGUGUCCAAUAUGCAAGCAGGACGUUGCAGGACAACCGACUGGGAAAGAGCGCAAGUACAUCGCGUGCUGUUUGGCCUCCGAGGUACAGCCUGUGACCAGUGUCGUGGACUUUCCUUCCCUCGUUCAUGAGGUUCCAGAACACUCGUCUGCGAGGCUUUCUUUUCGUACAAUACACCGCUUGUACAACGCUUCCGGAAGCGCAGUUUCUCCGCUGACGCGCUCUGCAGCUACAGUGCCCCUUUGUCCGCAUGAUGUGGUCCAGCCACUCCGCAGUGGCCGAACGAGGCGAGUUCGUCAAUCCCCGUGCAUCAUCGCAUUGUAG